UUCACACACGCGCGCAGAUCGAGUCAAAAUAGACGCGCGUGAGCCCACGCAGCAGCAGCAGCUGACUGCCACUUCUGCGUUUGGUUCCGGUUGGCGCGAGCAGGAAAGACGAGGCGAGGAGGCGGAGAAGGGGUUAAAGCCCGGAGGGAAAGUUGUGUGCGCCUCCCGAACAAGUGUUUGCGCCGAGCCGAGGAGAUUUGUUCGGCGACAUGAAGGCAGCGCGCGGACGUCCGACUUGCGUUUAAGUUGACAAGACGCACCUGUGGGCGCGAGGCGAUAGGUCGCGCGCACAGUGGCGCGACGACACGAUGGCGAGCGGCAACCACACAGUUGUUUACUUUUCCGAACAGGUGGUGGUUCUGCUGUCGUGUGCGCUGUCGUUCGUGGGCUCCUCUCUGAUCCUGCUCACCUACUGCGUGUGGUCGGACCUCAGGACGACUCCCAGGAAGCUCCUGGUCUUCCUGUCCGUGGCGGACUGGCUCUCCGCCGUGUCCUACGCCUUCGGGGUUUGGAAAUCUUUCCGCGGCGACUCGCUGGACUGCGUCGUCCAGGGGGCGAUUUCCACGUUCGCCAACACCAGCUCCUUUUUCUGGACCGUGGCCAUCGCGGUGUAUCUGUACGUUUUCAUCGUGAGGUCCAGCCAAAGACUUGCUGACAACCUGGUGCUGAUUUUCCACGUUGUCAGCUGGGGUGUUCCUCUGAUCAUCACCGUUGCAGCUGUGUCGCUAAACAAAAUUGGCUAUGAUGCGUCUGAGGUGUCUGUGGGCUGGUGCUGGGUCAGGAUCCAAGCUCAAGAUCGGGUUCUGUGGAUGCUGCUGACCGGAAAGAUCUGGGAGUUCCUGGCUUACAUCACCCUCCCUGUCCUUUACAUCCUGAUCAAAAGACACAUCCACAUAGCGCACGUUGCCCUUUCUGAGUACCGUCCCAUUCUGGCCAACAGGCCUCCGUCCCAGGCCUUUUCCUCUAUGGCUGAUGUGAAGCUCACCCUCAUUCCCAUUAUGUUCAUCAUUCUGCGCAUUUGGAGCACAGUGCGUUUCGUACUGCUGCUAGCCGACUCCUCAGUGCGACAGAACCCAGUGCUGGUUACGCUACACGGCAUCGGAAACACCUUGCAGGGAGCAGCCAACUGCAUCAUGUUUGUAUUGUGUACUCAGCCAAUCCGUAAACGCCUGUGCUCCGCACUCUGCCUCUGCUGCAAGCAUCGAGCAGAGGCGCAGUACUCGGACAUCGUCCCUCACAGGCUGCAGCCGGGACAGGACACCUUGAUACGCAAAGAGGAGGGCAGCACCGGCCAAGCCCAGACCAGAUGAUGCAGACGAUGAAGUACGACAUGAAGGGAGCCGUGGAUGAUGUUCACUUUACAUUUAACCUCAGUACAGCAAGUGCCAGAUGACGGGCUUUGCCUGAAUAUACACCAGCAAGCGGUGAAUGUAGAGGACCUGCAGUAAAUUGCACAUAUACAUAAAUCUUUUCAUAGCAUUGCUGUGUAUGAAACUAUGUCUUCUUUGUUGUUUUGUGUUUUCCGUUGAAGACUAAAACAGUUCAGCAGCUUUAUUUAUAAUGUAAUUAUGUGAAAUCACUUGAAAUGAAUCCCUUUUUUGUCCCACAGAGUAAUAUGUACUGUAUUUAUGGGGGAAGUAGUUACAUUGACGUACCUGACUGUGUGUUGUGUUACUAGAUUUUCACAGAAAGUUACAAUCACACCCUGGAACUACAUGAUUUGACUAUAAUGAAUAUAUUUCACCAUGAGUCUUUUGUUGUUUGUUAUAAAGAAAUAGAAUUAACAAGAGCUCAUGUCAGAAAGACAAAGUUGUCUAAAGAUGUUUAGAAACUUCUUCCUGCUCUGCAACAUAACUGAGUCCAGUGUGUUUGUGCUCCACUCUAAGUGGCUGGUUGAAUGAACACCUAAUAUUCCAGUCAUGUUGUAUGGUCACUUUACCAGGAUGAUGGCUGUGUUAAAAAAGGUUUGUGUGAGAGAAACAUACUUUCAUCUGCAAAUCUUAAAAAAUAAAUACAACUUUGCUUA